AUGGUGGUCUCUUCGUCGUCUACGGGCGAGGAUGGCCUGACCAUCAUCAGGCCUCAAGGCGCCUCUGAGCACACAACCACCGACACGGACCAGACAGUUGCCGUCACCGAUCCUCACCUGCCAUGCCCUCUCGGCAACCCGGCACUCCAUCCACUACAUGGCAAGCUGAAUGACCAUGAUUCAGCUCAGGGGGUUCGUCCCCUGCAAAUGGCAGCUUCUGCUUCUGUCCCCUCUACAAGCUACUCAGCUUGGUCUGCUUGGAUGGCUGUGGUCGGAUGUGUCUGUUUGACCAUGCCCACGUAUGGCCUCAUGUCGGCCUUUGGCCUUUUCCAGGUCUACUGGGAAACCCAUCAGCUGGCAGACUACAACGGUGGAAACAGCGAUGCUGCCAUUGCCUGGAUCAGCUCGCUGCUGGGCUUUCUCAACUGCUUUUUCGGCCUGUUCAGCGGCAUCCUCCUGGACCGGGUGUCCUCGUCGUCGUCUUCCACCAGAGGCUUGCUGUUUUUGCUCGCCCCGCAUUGUGUUGUGUACUGGGCUUCCUUCUUGGCUCUCGCGUGGUGCUCGACCUAUGGCCAGUUCAUGGCGUGCAUGGUGGUCGCCGGAAUUGCCUCCGCCCUGCCGUCGGUCGCCGCGUUUACGGUCGUCGACCACAUUUUCGAAACGUCCCCCACCCUCAAGCACAGCGCAGCCGCAACAGGGGUCGUCUCGACAGGUGCUCCGCUCGGCGGCCUUCUUUUCUCGCUCAUGCUGCGGGCGCUGCUGGCCCGGACGGCGCCCAGCGCUUGGCAAGUGUCCAUGUUCUGUCUAUCGUCCGUCAUCGGUGUCAUGGAGCUCAUUGCAUGCGUCCUGGUCGUGUGGGGAAGCCGACGGCCUUCGUCUUCGUCACCACACCAGUCAGCGACCGAGAAAGACGCAAAUGGACCUGAUGGACUCAAAAAGCAGGUGCUCAGACACAAAAGCCCUCUCCAAACACCGCCGAUGGAGAUCAAGAUGACUGUGACAGAAACGACGACCAUUGAACAGGCAGACCGCCUUGAACGGUCUGGCCUGCCUCUCCGACGCAGUUGCUCACCUGUGCAUACGACUCCCUGGUAUGCCAAUGCAGCUCUCUGGGACGCAGACAACGGCUCCUUGAGCCAUUUUACCGACCGAGGCUUUUGGCUCUUUACCAUAUGUGUUUUUGCUAACAUUCACGCCUCGCUUGGCCCAGUAUACGAAUUCGUCCUCUUCACGCAGUGGGGCUCCUUGCCUUACUUUGCCGCAAGAACAGGCCUGGGAGACGUCUUCUACUUCCAAAUGGUCUACAACAUCGGCGCCCUCCCCGGCCGCACCAUUCCCUCCUGGCUGGCCACCCGAUUUGGCCCAUUCAACAUGACGCUUGCCAUGACAGCCCUCACAAUCCUCACCAUCUUUGUGGUUUGGGUUCCCUUUGGUGACCACAGCACAGCCGCCCUGUAUCUGGUGGCGUUUUUCAUGGGCGUAGGAACCGGUUCAUUUGUGCCCUUGGCUGCCACAUGCAUAAGCCGCCUUUGCCAUGGCCGCGGCUUUGGAAAGUGGCUAGGUUCUUGUUAUGCCAUUGUCAGCAUUGCAACCCUCAUCGGCAACCCGGUCAGUCAGGCUCUUAUCGAAAAGACCAGUGCACGAUGCAGUGUCAUCUUCCAGGGCGUCCUGCUGGUUGUGUCGUUUGUCCUCUGUCUGCUCGUCCGCCGGGGCGACAUCCAAAGACUACGGGCGAGACGAUCUCGUCCGUGA